GACGGUAGUAGUGGAGAACGAUCUCUAUGAACCACUCGGUGUCCCUCGUACCAGCACCACCAGAGGACACACCCAUAGAUGAAGACACUGACUUGUAUAAUAAGGAUUCCUAUAAUAUAACGACAAGGGACAGCAGUCGUGGAAAAUGGUCUCUAUGAACCACUCAGUGUCUCUCGUACCAGCACCACCAGAGGACAUACUUUAAUAAAAAAAAAGUAAUGUGUAUGAUAAAGAUUCCUAUAAUUUAACUCGACCAUGCUGAUUAUGAAGCUUAGAUACUGUCAUGAACCAACUGAAUGCGCGUCCUGUUAUUAAGUAAGGCUUAAGUAAGUUUAAGUAAGGUUCCUGAAUUCCUGUACUUUUUAUAGGAGGGGACAGUGCCGAUAAGAAAACUACCACUAGGAGUCUUUUGGUUUGCCGCAUAAUCUGUUUCUUGUCCAAAGGCACACAGACGGUCACAAACAGCAUCAUUACAGCUGAUAACACUUGGACAGCAGCACAAACUCUUUCCUGGACGCUGGGCAACAAGCACACACCGUUCCUUGCCCCACUGCCUUAGGGUCAUGUUCGUAAACUUUCAGCGCCAAGCACACACAUUUAACAAGGCUUUCAGGGGAUUUGUGGGCAUUUCCAGUGGUAGUAGUUUUAUGACCCUGGUGGUAGUCUGGCAAAGUUCCUGCACCAUGAAGGUAAAGAAACACUCAAGAUGACGCGUUUAACCUCUUCCUUGGCCUUUAGAAAUGACUGAGGUAAGAGAAGGAUGUGUUUGAGAAUAGUGACCUUAGAGCACCGGACUGUUACUUAGCCUUGUGUUACAGCGUGUUGCCUGUGUUAAGUUAAGUCACGGUGUGUUGGUGGCCGUGUUUCUGAUUAAGGCAAUAUAUAAAGAUUCUAAUUGAUGGCAACAUAAAACUGUCAUUCAUGAGCGCUGUAAUUACAAACCACUAUCUUUUAUUAACAUAUUUUAAGGAAGGAUUGUAUUUCAACCCAAUAGAUAAGGAAAACACGAAACACAAACAGGAGCUAUACAGUCUGUAUGUGGGGUACGCGCUGAGGGUUAGGGGAAGUAACUCGUGAGGGAACCCGUAGUGCCCACACAUUAGGUGUUAUCCGUUUUGCUUUACAUAGAGUGAGUUAUUAUUUGGAACAAUGUGGUAUAAGUUGGAAAAUCUUUAAUUAAGGUGGCCUGAGCUCCUCAUAGUUGCAACAGUGAACAAAGAUGACAGCGUGUGUGUGCGAGACGUCGCCGAGAGGAUAUCCUGUCCCAUGGUCAACACGUAGGCUCGCUUAUCCACACACAGAGAUACACUCGCCAUGGUGCAGACCGGUGUGCUUGUCGCUGCCUUGCUCGCUCUGAGUGCUGGGGGCGCCCUCAACCCCGCCUCGGCCUGGCAGUGGUGUUGCGGCCCUGAUAAAAAAAGUCGGAUACUCGGAAGAAAACGAAGUGAUGUCUUUCAAUGCAGUAGGAAACAAUCUGUGGGCCGAGGGGUUCGUGCAGCCGGGGAGAGAUUUUGCAGGGAUCAGCGUCAAAGUAAAUCAUCGGAAUGCUCAACACGUUGCUUGGUUCCCUGCUGCCCCUUGCUUCCCUGACACAGGAGAGAAGUGGACGAGGAUGAAAGUGAAUGUAACAAAGCACGAAGGCGGGGAUCGUGGUAUAAAAUAUUGCUUCAUUUUCUUUGAUCUGGUUACUGAUUAUUGCCGAGGGAAAUGCACUCGUCAUGAGCGUGGCGAAUGUCGGUCCCUUGGAGGUCUGAGUGUUGUGGCUCGUGGGUCCUCAAACUGGAAAAGUGGCCAUCCAGGAACAUAUUGUCUUGUAAAUGUGGGGUCGAGUCCAUCGCUCCCUCCUGAGUACAUCUGUGAGAACCCUCCAUUCAGGCCACCUUCACGCACUAUCCCACCUACAACCAUCACCACAACCACAAAUACGACAACCACAACCACGACUACAACAACCACAACUACAACCACCCAAACAACUACAUCUGCGUCUUCGUCUCCGUCGGUGGUGCUGCUGAUAGUGGUGCCGGUGGUGGCGGUGGUGGCGGUGGUGAUAUUCCUGGUGAUAGUGGUGGUGGUGGUGGUGGUGGUGGUGGUCUGCCGCAGGCGACGAAGACGCAGAUCAGCGGCAUCACUGCCCUGCGUGCCGACGCGGCGCGGACUGGCCGCCUCCUGGCGCGUCGGCGGCGAGGUACAGGUCGACGACAACCAUGUGGACGUGGCGCCGCCCACGGGCCCCACCGUGCUCCCGCGCGUGGCGCCGCGGCAGCAGGAGCCCGACUACCUGUACUUCGGCGACGACGAGGAGCACAUCUACGACGAGUUCCCGGAGCCUCCAAUCUACGAGGAGAUCCCCGAGCCUCCAACUUACGAAAAUGUCGCCGAGCAUUCACAAUGCCACGUAGACGAAGAUUCAGACUCCGAUGACGGAAAUUACCUGACCCCGAGGCGCGCCCCUCCGGGCACGCCCUCAGGGGUCACAGAGGGGUGAGGCGAGGCUGCAUGACCCUGCUCCCGACGCACGGGGCCCGGCUGCUGCCACACCCAGGCUAGCACACCACGCAGGGGUGAGCACUGCAGGAUGAGGGCAACCUGCAGGGGGCAGCACCGUGCCCGCCAGACAAGCAGGGGGCAGCACCGUGCCCGCCAGACAAGCAGGGGGCAGCACCGUGCCCUCCAGACA